AUGACGGAGGAGUCCACGCUGGCGAUGGACCCUGUCCACACAUCUACGGACAUGUCCCCGUCCACAUUCACACGGGACCGGUCCGGUCCGACCAAGGCCUCGAUAGACAAAGAGAACACCUCAAUGGCGGAACAUGAUAGAAAAAGUGGCGGAUCGCAGGAGCCCCGGGUUGUUCCUCCGGCCCCAAAGUACCUGUCAGGCGCCAGCCUAGUAGUCGUGAUUACCUGUGUGGUUGUAGUCGCCUGGUUGAUGUUCCUGGAUAGCUCCAUCAUAGUCACUGCUAUCCCGGCAAUAACAGACGAGUUCCACUCGCUGAAAGAUAUCGGGUGGUACGGCAGCGCGUAUCACGUCGCCAACGCGGCCUUUCAACCACUCACAGGCAGGAUUUACCGCUACUUCAGCUCAAAGGCAAGAAAUUGGCUACCGACAGCCCGGUGUGGUGUUUGGUGUUGGUGGAUAAACAAUGCUGAUUCAAAACAGUGGUCAUUUUUUGCCUUUUUGGUCUUGUUCGAAAUCGGGUCCCUAAUUUGCGGGGCGGCCCCGUCCUCCGUGAUCCUGAUCGUCGGCAGAGUCGUCGCGGGCAUAGGGAGUGCUGGGAUCAUGAGCGGCGGUCUAACGAUCGUCGCCGGAGCAGUGCCGCUUGAGAGAAGGCCCGGUACGUGUGCCACGCCAGAAUAUGUUUUCUGCAAAGUUGUUUCUCUGACAAGCAGCUGUACUAUAUUGCAGCUCUUAUGGGUCUGGUCAUUGGCCGUAAGUGUUACCCACCUCCCGGUGCCUGACGUCGCCGUGAAGGCUAACCGCUUGAUUUAA